GUAUAACGACUACGGCAUCAAGGCGGGUGCGAACGGCCAGGUGGGCGCACGCAUGCCAACGAUAACGAGCAGCAGCAAGAGGAUGUCGAGGAGGGCCUCGAGGGCCCCGGCAUCGAGUGGGACGCGCAGGGAUGAAGACGGGCGGCGGCCGGUGGCCGCCCCACCCCCCCCCGAGGCGAUGUGCAGCAGGCACGUGGAGGAGCACGAGGAGGCGGGCAUCGCAGACCUCUGGCGCUCCGGCGACCUUCCCGGCAUCUGCGACGCCGACUGCGGCGCGGCGGGCACCGCGCCGCGGAAGCGGAGGCGGAAGAAGCCGCCGCGGCCGGCGGCGCAGCCCUCGCCGGCGCCGGCGGAGCAAGGCGAGGGCGCCGGGCCGCCGGGAGG